GCAGCUGGAGGUGGCGGGCAUCCCGAGUGCACCGCUCCCGCCCCGCCCCGCCUUGCCCCAACCCACGAUGGUCUGGGAGCUGCGCCCAGGGCUUGGCGCUGGCGGCCCCGCAACAGCACCGAGCGUUUCGGUCGGCGGGCGGCGGUAGCGCCCCCUCUCAGAGCCCCGCUCACUCCCACCUGGGCUCGCUCCGAGUCGGCCUGUCUGUCGGGCCCGCCCUCCCCGCUCACUCCCUCCGCCCUCGUGCUCCUCCCGGGGUGCUUGGCACAGCCUCGGAUUCCUCCCUCUCGCUGCUCGAGUCAGUUUCCCUAUCGGCGGCAGCGGGCAAGGCAGCGGCGGCGGCGGCGGCAGCCGCGGUGGCGGCGUGGGGAACAUCUCGGCAGCCACCGCGCUUCUCCCGCUGGAGCGGGCGUCCAGCUUGGCUGCCCUCGGUGCUUCCCUGCCACGUUUCGGGUCGCCCUGCACCCCCCACCCAGGCUCGCUUCUCUUCGAAGCGGGAAGGGCGCCUUGCAGGAUCCUGCCGCCCCUCCAACCGGAUCCUGGGUCUAGAGCUCCCCAGAGCGAGGCGCUCGCCAGGACUCCUGCCCCGCCAACCCUGACCGCCGGGGGGUGCCCCAGGGACGUAGCGCCGCGGAGAGGAAGCGGCAAAGGGGACCAUGCGGCGCCUGACUCGUCGGCUGGUUCUGCCAGUCUUCGGGGUGCUCUGGAUCACGGUGCUGCUGUUCUUCUGGGUAACCAAGAGGAAGUUGGAGGUGCCGACGGGACCUGAAGUGCAGACCCCUAAGCCUUCGGACGCUGACUGGGACGACGUGUGGGACCAGUUUGAUGAGCGGCGGUAUCUGAAUGCCAAAAAGUGGCGCGUUGGUGACGACCCCUAUAAGCUGUAUGCUUUCAACCAGCGGGAGAGUGAGCGGAUCUCCAGCAAUCGGGCUGUCCCGGACACUCGCCAUCUGAGAUGCACGCUGCUGGUGUAUUGCACGGACCUUCCACCCACUAGCAUCAUCAUCACCUUCCACAACGAGGCCCGCUCCACACUGCUCAGGACCAUCCGCAGCGUAUUAAACCGUACCCCUACGCAUCUGAUCCGGGAAAUCAUAUUAGUGGAUGACUUCAGCAAUGACCCUGAUGACUGUAAACAGCUCAUCAAGUUGCCCAAGGUGAAAUGCUUGCGCAAUAAUGAACGGCAAGGUCUGGUCCGGUCCCGGAUUCGGGGCGCUGACAUCGCCCAGGGCACCACUCUGACUUUCCUCGACAGCCACUGUGAGGUGAACAGGGACUGGCUCCAGCCUCUGUUGCACAGGGUCAAAGAGGACUACACGCGGGUGGUGUGCCCUGUGAUCGAUAUCAUUAACCUGGACACCUUCACCUACAUCGAGUCUGCCUCGGAGCUCAGAGGGGGGUUUGACUGGAGCCUCCACUUCCAGUGGGAGCAGCUCUCCCCAGAGCAGAAGGCUCGGCGCCUGGACCCCACGGAGCCCAUCAGGACUCCUAUCAUAGCUGGAGGGCUCUUCGUGAUCGACAAAGCUUGGUUUGAUUACCUGGGGAAAUAUGAUAUGGACAUGGACAUCUGGGGUGGGGAGAACUUUGAAAUCUCCUUCCGAGUGUGGAUGUGCGGGGGCAGCCUAGAGAUCGUCCCCUGCAGCCGAGUGGGGCAUGUCUUCCGGAAGAAGCACCCCUACGUUUUCCCUGAUGGAAAUGCCAACACGUAUAUAAAGAACACCAAGCGGACAGCUGAAGUGUGGAUGGAUGAAUACAAGCAAUACUAUUACGCUGCCCGGCCAUUCGCCCUGGAGAGGCCCUUCGGGAAUGUUGAGAGCAGAUUGGACCUGAGGAAGAAUCUGCGCUGCCAGAGCUUCAAGUGGUACCUGGAGAAUGUCUACCCUGAACUCAGCAUCCCCAAGGAGUCCUCCAUCCAGAAGGGCAAUAUCCGACAGAGACAGAAGUGCCUGGAAUCUCAAAGGCAGAACAACCAAGAAACCCCAAACCUAAAGUUGAGCCCCUGUGCCAAGGUCAAAGGCGAAGAUGCAAAGUCCCAGAUAUGGGCCUUCACAUACACCCAGCAGAUCCUCCAGGAGGAGCUGUGCCUGUCAGUCAUCACCUUGUUCCCUGGCGCCCCAGUGGUUCUUGUCCUUUGCAAGAAUGGGGAUGACCGACAGCAAUGGACCAAAACUGGUUCCCACAUCGAGCACAUAGCAUCCCACCUCUGCCUCGAUACAGAUAUGUUCAGCGAUGGCACCGAGAAUGGCAAGGAAAUCGUCGUCAACCCAUGUGAGUCCUCACUCAUGAGCCAGCACUGGGACAUGGUGAGCUCUUGAGGACCCCUGCCAGAAGCAGCGAGGGCCAUGGGGUGGUGCUUCCCUGGACCAGAACAGACUGGAAACUGGGCAGCAAGCAGCCCGCAACCACCUCAGACAUCCUGGACUGGGAGGUGGAGGCAGAGCCCCCCAGGACAGGAGCAACUGUCUCAGGGAGGACAGAGGAAAACAUCACAAGCCAAUGGGGCUCAAAGACAAAUCCCACAUGUUCUCAAGGCCGUUAAGUUCCAGUCCUGGCCAGUCUUUCCCUGAUUGGUAUCUGGAGACAGAAACCUAAUGGGAAGUGUUUAUUGUUCCUUUUCUUACAAAGGAAGCAGUCUCUGGAGGCCAGAAAGAAAAGCCUUCUUUUUCACUAGGCCAGGACUACAUUGAGAGAUGAAGAAUGGAGGUUGUUUCCAAAAGAAAUAAAGAGAAACUUAGAAGUUG